CCGGUCGGAUCUACAUACCAGAGAUCUUUAUUGAUCUGUCUGCCUACAGCUUGGCAGCUGUCUUCCUCGGCCACUCCGGCUCGGGAGGCCCUUCAAGUUCCAUCCGACGACUAUAAAGUCCAGCCCAGCCCCUCUCUCACACCGGCAGCUCAGAGAGGGCCAACCGGCUUCCUCCCUAUUCGAGUUGCACGCACCCACGAUGGCCUUCAACAGCUUUCGCCGGGGAGCCCUGCCGGCGCGCGGAGCCAACAUCAGCCAUGACGGUAACAGUUCUGCCGGGGAUGGCCUCCCCGACGGCAUUCUCGACACGCUGUCGCCGCUUCUGGAAUUCAACCCGCUGAUGAAACUGUUUAUGCUGUUCUACAACCUAGCCGGCAGCCGCCUCGGGAUCGACCCGACCUACAUCCUGACCUUCGUCGCCGUUGUCUGGGCGGCGAACAAGCUUUGUGGGCAGUUGUACACUAGCUUCUACGACCUGGCUCGCCGGUACUUCAUGGCCAGGAUCGAGGUGAGCGACAGCGACGACAUCUAUCUCUACCUGAAGAAGUGGCUCUCAUCUCAACCGGCCAUGGUCAACUCGCGCUCUCUCACGGCCGAGACGGCAUCCAAGGGUGCUUGGGACGAGGAGGAGUCUGAGCUGAUGCCGUCGCGCGUGUCUCCCGACGGCGCCGGCAUCUACCUGAACUUCUCGAAACAGGAGGCCAAGGCGCCCCCUCGCUUUAUUCCCGCCUUCGGCCUGCACACUUUCUGGUUCAGGGGUCGGUACUUCAAACUGCAGAGGAAGCAAGACGCCCUGUUGGACAUGAACUCGGGGGGCAACGGCAUGCCUCAGGUCAAUCACAAGGAGACCCUCGUCAUCUCGUGCUUCGGCCGGUCUCCGGAGCCGAUCAAACAGCUGCUUCAACACGCCAAAGAGCAGUACUAUCUGGACCACCGAGCAAAGACAAUCGUCAGGCGGCCAUCCGGCAAGGGCAUGCGCCGCUAUGGCCACCGACACUCCUGGCAGCAGGUUGCGGACCGACCGGUGCGGCCGAUGAAGACGGUGGUGCUCGAUGACGAGCAAAAGGUCCGAGUCCUCUCCGACAUGAACGAAUACCUCCACCCUGCCACGCCGCGUUGGUACGCAAACCGCGGUAUUCCGCUCCGUCGGGGCUACUUGUUCCACGGCCCGCCAGGGACGGGCAAAACCUCGCUGUCCUUUGCGCUGGCCGGCGUGUUCGGUCUCGACAUUUAUGUCAUCUCCCUCCUGGACCCCACCCUAACCGAGGAGGAGUUGCUAGGUCUUUUUACAUCCCUCCCGCGGCGUUGUGUGGUCCUGCUCGAGGACAUCGAUACGGCCGGGCUCAAACGUUCCGACGACGACCCCUCCCCAACCGCCUCGCCCGACCAUAAAAAGUCUGGAGAGCAAGGCGGCAAGGAAGCCGAUAGCAAAGACGAACGGUCCAGGAAACAGAAAGACGAGAACAACAAAGACGAGCUUGAGAGGAGAUUCUUGGAGCUGGCUCGCGAACUGAAGCGCGGUAGCGACUCGGGCGACAAGAAGGAGGGCAUCUCGCUGUCGGGCCUGCUCAACGCAAUCGACGGUGUUGCCUCGCACGAGGGUCGCGUGCUGAUCAUGACAACCAACAAGCCGGAGACGCUCGACGAGGCACUGAUCCGUCCGGGACGAGUGGACCUGCAAGUCGCCUUCACUAACGCGACCCAAGAGCAGGCACGGGAGUUGUUUGUGCGCAUGUACGAACCCGACAGCAGCAUCGCCGACAAGCUCCCUGCCGCCCUGGAGGACCAUCCCGUCUCCCCUCUUCCGCCUCUGACCCCUUUCUCCGAGCCCCCACCAACGCCGUUUUCCCUGUCGUCUGAGAAGGACGGCAACAUGACCGACGUCUCCGGCCCUACCGAGGUCGACGAGGAUACCGAGCCUUCUUCCGCGACAACAACCCCUGCCGCUGACGGCGGCAUCAAGAAGCCCACUCCCCUAAAACUCGGCUCUUCUUCGACCACCAACGCCGCGCCGCUUACCACCACUAGCACUAGCAGUGCCCUCGACAAGCUACAGGACGACGAGCGCACCGAAACGCUCCGCCCCGCCGAGCUCGCCCGCUUGGCGGCGCAGUUCGCCUCGAAGAUCCCCGGCGGCCAGUUCUCGCCCGCCGAGCUGCAGGGGUUCCUGCUCAAGCGGAAGAAGUCGCCGCAGCGGGCGCUGAUGGAGGUCGACUUCUGGGUGAAGGGAAUGCUGGCGCAGAAGGCUGGGGGGAGCAAGAUCCUCGCGGUUCAGUGAUUUUUCUUUUGUUUUGUGGCGGGGGGAAACAAGGGGG